AUGGAGAAAGUUAUCCGUUUGCUUCAACCAUUCGAAGAAGAUACCGUUCUCCUGAGCUCCAACAAUGCCCCUAUUUCAGCAGUAAUUCCUGCUGUUUCAGUUCUCAAACACUUCUUAGCUAAGGAUGACGGAGAUAAAUCCACAGGUGUGCGCACAAUGAAGCAGGAGUUUCAUGAUGCUGUGACUUCCCGUUUCGAGCAGAUCCUUGCCAAUGAGAAUUACAUCAUCGCGACCACUGUCGAUCCCCGUUUCAAGACCGCCUUCACAGCAUCCCAAGGGCACAACUUGCUUCUGCAAGAAGUGGAAAGGCUAGCGGAACCAGAAGAGCUGGAAGAAAGCACAACAGCCACCCCUGAAAAUGCUGAAAUAUCAGCACCGUCUGCUUCUGUCUCUGAAGAUACAAAGAAUCCAACACCAUCUGAGAAGAAAGAAGUUGAUGCUUUUCUGAUGCUGCCACUCUUAGCCAAAGACGAAUGCCCGUACAAGUGGUGGGCAGCAAAAAAAAUGGCCUAUCCAAACAUCUACAAAGUGGCAAAGAAAUUUUUGAGUGCGCCUUGUUCAAGCGUGUACUCAGAGCGUAUUUUCAGUGAAGCCGGUAAUACCAUUGAAGAUAGCAGAAAUCGGCUAAACCCAUCAAAAUCGGAAAGUCUUUUGUUUUUACACCAUAAUUUACCAAGACUAAACUUUGAUUACUAG